AUGUUUUCGUUUAAACAAGUUUCAGCGGCAAGAUGUUGGGAUUUACCAGAUUUUUUAAGUGAUGCAAAGAAAUCCGUAGAUUGCGAGACAAAAACCAUCAAAACCAUCAACCCGAAAGCAUUGACCGACAUAAACCUAAAUCAAGUAACUUCCAUGUUUGAUAUAAAGUUUAAUUGCCUAGCUAAUGAUCAGGUUAUAUGUGAUAAGGUAUUAAAAACUUAUAAUAAAGCGGGGGAGAUAAUAAGUUCAACCUUGACGUUAAAUACUCCGAUAACGAUCAAUGCAACGUUCGGAGAUUUGUGCGGUCCAACUUGCGGAACGGGUGGGAUAGGACCGUUAGGGGCAGCGGGACCGGCGAGAUUAAUCGAGAUGGAGGAUGAUGAUGGUUUGAUAAGGUUAUACCCUCAAGCCUUGAUAAAACAAUUUCAAUUAAAGAAAGCUCCCGAAUUUUCCGAAUUUGAUAUAAAUGCGGGUUUUAAUUUGAGGGCAAACUUUUGGUUUGAUGGUGACCCACAAAUCCUUCCCAAUCAAACGGACCUUAUUUUGGUCGUCGUUCAUGAAAUGAUUCAUGGGUUAGGGUUUGCCAACUCUUGGAGGUAUCCAUUUUCAUUGAACUCGAAUGUUCGAAUAGAUUUCAUCACACCCAUCAUAUUAGCCGAUGAAUCGAGUGAUAAGAUAACGUUUGAAGGGUUUCAAGAAUUGGCAUUUGAUAGGUAUUUGGUAUUCUUACCAUCAGGUAAACCUCUUACGUCAAUAACUACGGAAUUAAAUAAAUUUGGUGGUGGUAAAGGUGCAAAAUUUUCAUCCGCAGAUGAAUUUUUGAAUAAAUGGUUCCAAUCGGAGCAGUACGAGUUGGCCAAAUCAGUUUACGUGGCCGCGACGACUCCGCUUGGUAUAGGUUUUUUACCGAGAGGUUUUUCGGAUUUAAAUAACGCGAUCCCAUUGGAGACCUCAAUCAAAUAUAAGGUCGGUUCAAGCAUCGGUCAUUUGGAUUCAACCACUUUUAAUAAUACUGCGGAUUUCCUGAUGAAAUAUGUCGCCAUUAGAGGUGUGACUCAUCAGAAUGUCUCGCAAAUUAAUGGGAAUCACAGUGAAAUUAUUGGUCCCGCCACAAAAAGUAUUUUGGAAUCCCUUGGUUUUUCUUCCGAAAAUAAUCUGAAUCCUUAUAGGCCCAAAAUUGUUGAAUCAAAUGAUGCUUCUAAAAUCAUAAAACUUGUAACGUCUCUCACCUUAACUCUCUUCUCUUGUAUCAUAAUUUUAAUCUUAUAA